AUGAAGGCACACUGGACUCGCGAGAGUGUCGAGGCGGGUUUCGACCAAGCCCGCGCAGACCCCUCAGCCAUCCUGCUCGAUUCCUUCGGUCGACGAGUCUUCCGCCACAAUAGGAGAAUCAUAAAAUAUGGCGAACCCGUGAACUGCAGAGAGGCGAAAGCCCUGACAUUCAUCGCCGGGUCUGGAUUGAGCAUCCCCGUGCCAGAAGUAUACUCAUGCACCGACUGUGAGGGCAUAACGAUCAUCGACAUGGAGAUGGUCACCGGGGACACGUCGGAGAGUGUGUGGCCACAACUCUCACAGGAUGAAAAACACAGUUAUGCGCGUCAGCUACGCGGCAUCGUGAAUCAGCUUCGCUCGCUGGAGGGGGAUUACAUCGGUUCACUGGAUCAGGGCCCGGGGGUCGACGCUCGUCGAGGCACUCACCAAGGCGGCCCUUUUCCGGAUGAAGCAUCCUUCAACGACUUCUUGUUGAGUAACACCAUCUCCAAGACUCCCAGAGUGUAUCGAAAGAUGUUGGAGGGACUUCUUUCGACCUCUCACAAAACGGUCUUUACUCACGGGGAUUUGAGCCUGACUAACGUAGUAAUCAGAGAAGGACAAAUCGUUGGGGUGCUGGACUGGGAGACGGCCGGAUGGUACCCAGAGUAUUGGGAAUUUGUCCAGUUCUUCAGGGCAGUGUACAGCGACUAUCGCGAGUAUGCAGACAUUAUAUUUGACAAACUAUACCCGGAAGAGCUGAUGACCGAUCACUUCCUGAGCCACUUGACGAGGCAUUGA